AUGACAGAGAAGGGCAGCGGGGAGAGCCCCGUGCCCCAGCUCCCAGCGGGGCCCCAGCAAAGCGGGCUACAGCGUCUGAAGCGGUUGUUCCGGAGGGGGCGGCCGGGGACCCCGGGGACCCCGGGGACCGAGCCCCCCGCCGAACCCCAGGCCAACGGGGAGGCGGAGGGGGCGGGCAGGGGUCCCAUCUAUUACAUCUACGAGGACGAGGACGAGGAGGAGGAGGAGGAAGAGGAGCAGGAACCCCUUCCCGAGCCCCCUCGUCCCGUUAACGACAAACCGCACAAGUUCAAGGACCAUUUCUUCAAGAAACCCAAGUUCUGCGACGUUUGUGCCCGGAUGAUCGUGCUCAAUAAUAAGUUCGGGCUUCGCUGCAAGAACUGUAAGACGAACAUCCACGAGCACUGCCAGCCACACGUGGAGAUGCAGCGAUGUUUCGGGAAGAUUCCCCCGGGAUUCCGCCGCGCCUACAGCUCCCCGCUCUACAGCAACGCACAGUUGGGGGCUGUCAAGGGGUCGCAGACUGCGAACCGCGGUGACCCGGUGUUCGAGACGCUGCGCACCGGCGUGGUCAUGGCCAACAAGGAGAGGAAGAAAGGCCAAGACGAUAAAAAGAACCCCCUCGCUGCCAUGAUGGAGGAGGAUCCAGACACCUCUAAACCUGAAGAGGGGAAAUCCCCGGCCGGUCACCCGGAGAGCCCCAGGAAGACGGAAAAGAAGGCGCCAGAUGACAAGAACAAGGCCCCCGGCUUUCCCCAAACGCACUACUUCGUGGCGCUGUACCGCUUCCGAGCGUUGGAAAAAGACGAUCUGGACUUUCCACCCGGAGAGAAAAUCACCGUCGUGGACGACUCCAACGAAGAGUGGUGGAGGGGCAAGAUCGGGGACAAGAUCGGCUAUUUUCCACCUAAUUUCAUCAUCCGGGUGCGUGUGGGGGAACGCAUCCACCGCGUCACUCGAUCCUUCGUGGGGAACCGAGAGAUCGGGCAGAUCACACUCAAAAAGGACCAGAUCGUGGUCCAGAAAGGAGAGGAGAUGGGCGGCUACGUCAAGGUCUACACCGGCCGCAAAGUGGGACUGUUCCCCGCCGACUUCCUGGAAGAGAUUUAG